CCGAACGAACGUCGCCAUCUUGUUUGUUUAUAUUUCAUCUCGAGGGAAUUUUUACUUUUAUUUGUGUAUUAUUUUUAUAAAUUGCAACUGGAUACUUAUAAACCAAAGAUGACCUCUGAUGUGAGUCACCUAAACUCGGUCUUCCCCCUCCUUUUGGAGUCCAUUUUCAUGUCGUCCUCUCUGGCGGUGAUUCUGAUUGACUGGAAUCACAGCUGCCUAGAAGCAUCACUACUGAGGAUGCUUCAGAGUUACCUCCCUAGAUGGAGGAUCAGGAACAUUCGUCAGGACGUGUACCUAUGUUUGUUCAUAGCAGCGCUCGCUAUCAUGUACAGUAACUCUUUGGAAAACUGUAGAAUUGCUGUAGCUGCCACUGUUGUUCAAAUAUCCUUCUGGCUUCAGAGUAAGUCAAAGGCAGAAAAUGUCUCUGAUAAAUGCAUUGGGACCCCAGAAGUUCAGCUCAUCAACAAAGCAGUGGGUGGGUCCCAGGUAACACACAAGGAACAGGAAACCAGUGUCUCCACCUGCUGUAGAGCUGGGGUACCUCAAUACUUCCUGUCAAUGUUCCCCUCCUCCUCUGGGCCUCAGUCUGAGGUCAACAUGGAGGAGGAGUUGGGAAUGCCCUAUGUUGAGGCCUUCAGAAAACAGGUGGAUGAGGAGGAGGUAUCCAAUGAGGAGCUGAUGACUGCUAUAGAGUACCUCAACACCCUCAAGGAAGGGAUAGAGGUGUACAGGAGUGCUGACAAACUGAUCAAUGCGGUGGACCACAUCCAGCGGAUGGGACAGAAGUCACGCCUGGAUGACUCUGGACUUCCCCGGGAUUACUCUUAUGAGGAGCUCCGUCACAUCGUGGUGGAAGAGAGCGGCUAUCCCCUGGAGGAUUUGGAGAGAGUGUUAGAAAAGAGCAGUUUCCCACCGUCUCCAGAGGAGUUUGUUGAAAUACAUCAUGACAUGAAAGGUAUAGUACAACUAGAGAGAGAGGUGGAGGAGAAGGAUAGAGAGAUGGAGGAGACUCGACAGGAGAUGGAGGAGACUAGUCAGACACUGGAGGAGACUCUUAGAGUGGUGGAGGAGACCACACAGGAAGUGGUGGAAUCCCGACAGAAAGUCAUGUCACUCAGACAGAGGCUACAGCAGAAUCAGCAAGCCUUACAACAGAAGGACAGAAUCAUUCAGCAGGAGAGACAGAUGUUACAGCAGGAGAGACAGAGAGUGAGAGAGAUGGAGCAGAACCCAGAGGGAGAGUGGCAGAGACGACUCCGUGAGAUGGAGGAGGAGAUCCGCCGUCUGUCCGCCCAGUCGGACCGCUCUAAGUGUAAGAUUUGUCUUGUGAAGGAGGUACAGGUGUCCUUUACACCAUGUAAUCACCUGAUCUCAUGUCAGGAAUGUGUUGACAAUCUGAAAGUCUGCCCUAUGUGUAGGAAGCCUAUUCAGGGAACAGCCACUGUGUUCUUCGCCUAAGAUCAGGAAGUUCUGUACAUCGGUGCUUUGGCAGCAGCUACUCUAGUUAGUAGCAUCUCAUUUUUUGUGUUUGUUGAUAUUGUUCUAUUUAGAUUUGGUUUAUUUGAAUCUAAAAACUUACUGCUGCAUGUAUUAGAUUCAUUUUCGAAUUUUUAUACCAUUGAGAUACUUUGCAACACUAUUGGUGCAAAUACAUUUCAACGCUUUGGUGCAUUAACAUUUGAUUUGUUUGUAUUUGGGUGACAAUUUUUCUGGAAAUUAAAACGUUGGAAUUCCUAUAAUUCAUUGUAAAUGUUAAGAAUAUUUCUCUGUAUAUAGAGUACAUUGAUUUUGAGAAUUUUAUGUAGAUGAUUAGUGAAUGAUUUGAAUGGCAUUUGUCAUGAAUACUUGUAAAACUUAAGGGCAGCAUGUGCAAUAUGAGGAAAUGAAUGGGUGUGUUUUACUGUAUGAAUGAAUUGUCACGUGUUAAAACAGUGAAUGUGCUGAUUUUAGCUUUUAUCAUAUUUACAACCUAUAUUUACAAACUGUGGGUGUGUUCACAGUUCUUCCAGUGGUUACUAUUGGUAUCUUUGAUCACCAUUGGUAAACCAAUGGUAUGAAAGUUCACCAAAGGUAGUUACCAUUGGUAGAUUUUCUUGCAGGUUAACCACAUUUGCGGUAGCAUUGGUAGCUUGGGAAUUUUGAUUAUUAGUGACAUCUUCAAAAUGGCAACUAAUGUAGGCGUCCAUGCGAAUGUCGCUGAUAUUUCCAGUGUAGUAAUCACUGCCACUGCAGAUUAGAUUAAAUGGCGAAGACUACAGAUUGCUUGUUAGGGGAAAGGAUAUUAGAUAAAUAUUGCAGUACAUACUGGCGCUUAAAAGAUCGUCGAAGAUCAUUUCCUGACAUUUAAGUAUUCAUUAACAAGAAAAACGUAUUUUGCUAUUUGUAAUGUUCUGUUUCUGCAUAAACAAAGCAAACAUCAAUUAAUUUGUGGUCAUGAUGCUACAAUAAUUGCUGCUCUGACAUCAUUCUGAAACUACUGGUUACCAUUUUUAAUUUCCCUACCAAUGGCUAACAAAAUUCUGUUCACAGUUCUGAGGUUACGAAUAAUACCUUUGUCAAACAAUGGCACCAAUAGUAGCCUUUGGUACUAACAACAUUUUUACCUUUCAAUAAAACAGUGAACGCAACCUGUAUUUCAUUUCAUCAUGUUUUCAAAUACAUUUACAAACUGUAUUUCAUUUCAUCAUGUUUAUACAGUACAUGUACUUCUAUUUCAUGUGAUCAUGUUUACAUAUUUCAUUUUAUCAGACACUAUAUAUGGGAAGCGAGCUUUCUCACACUUAUAUUCAUAAAUAUUAUCAGUUAUAAUUAUUUCAUGGAGUGUAAGUUUUUUUUACGAUAAGUGAAAGUAAAAUGAUAUUAUUUGUAUUGUAAUUUGGCAAUACUACCGAGUGAUUGUGGAUAUGUUACGUUUGUUGUGGAUGUGGAUAUGUUACGUUUGUUGUGGAUGUGUACACCUAAACAUAGAGCUGUGAUAGUUGUAUAUAGUCAUGUGAAUGUGUUUUAUCAUUCUGUAAAUGCUGUGCUUUAUAGCGUGUGUCAUGUUCUGAGUUAUGUAUGAAAAUUUGUAAGUUUGGCGAAACUUCAAUGUAUAUUGUAAUGAAUUUGGCAGCAAUUGUAAAAAAUACCGGUAUUCAACUUUGCAGCAGUUCGUUUACAAAGAUCAUAUUGUUAUAAAUGUGAAGUUUGAAGAAGUUUGCAGCAGAUUUUUAAACAAAGAUCGUAUGGUGUUUUUGCAAUAAGAAGAAAUUUGCAAACGUUUUGUAGACAAAGUUGAAUAUAAAGCACAGUGCAUUGGAAGAGAUCUGUAGUUUUGGGGUCAUUGGGUCAGUAACCAUAGAUUAUUCAUAAACAUGUAGAUUGAUGUACAUAGAAUGUGGUAAUGUCAGUGAUCUGGCAUUCCUACUAGCUCUAGCUAGUGGGUUAACCCUCUAACUCGAUUGGUAGAGUGCUGGACUUGUGUGAAAGAGACCUGGGUUCAAAUCCCAUCAGAGGCAUAAAAAUGUGUCUGUUACAUAAAGUAGCUUUGGGGAAUAAAUUCCAGAUGUGAAAAUGAAGUUAAUAUUUAUGAUGAAAUGAGAGGAAACAAGUUUUGUAGAAAUGUGUGAGCCAGAUUUUUAGAACAUUGCAACCAGUACAUAUAUACUAUUAUGUAGCAGGUAUAUAAAUUUUAAAAUUCUUACUAGUAUCGUGAAGUGUUAAAACACUGCCAGAAACUGAUAUAUAUAUUGGUGGAGUUCUCUGUUAUUUAGGACUGAGUCCUCAGGGCUGUUAUAGAGGGUAUAGACUCAAUCCAUGUCAUACAUGACACUGAAUCAGAUGUGUUCUUAGCAAGAGAAAUCCUGUAGUUUGUGAUGAAACAAAGUUAGUUUAAUAUCUUACAAUGAAUUGUCAAAACAAGGAAUUUAAGACAUCUGUAAAUCCUCUAUGAUUUUAAUAACAAUUUGAUAUUUGUUAUAAGAUUUGGCAAAAAAUAUGUUUGAUUUAUAGUGAAUUUGAUUUAUAGUAAAUUUUAAGAUCUUAAAAAGAUUUUCAUUUUAUUCGAAUAUUAUUUUAUGUUUUAAUUUUCUGCAGUCUUGUUUAAUGUUGCAAGAACCAGUUGUAAAUAGUUUUCUGUGUAAAUACAAUAACUACAUAUUUUGUAAUAAGUUUUGUACACUGUACAAGCUUGAUGGGUCACCACAACAUAUUAGUAGAUGACACAGAGUUUGUACCUAUGUGUAUCUUUGUUUUUAGUGCUAAACAUUUUCAUUCUAUUAGUGUAGAACUAACACUGAAAAAUGCAUGGACUUGUUGGUUUUCAUUGUAUUUGAAAUACAUAUAAUUUAUCCUCAGAUAUAACUGGGAUAUUGGCAGCAGUACAAGUCAAACAUUUUCUGUUUGUUUAGGAUCUUCUGAGAUAAUUUUUUUUGUAGGAUCUGUGUUCUUUCUCUGAACUCUCUCCACUAUUUUCUGUACUAUUGUAUAUAUAUGUAGUUAAAUAGUGUAAAAAUCACCAGAGUAAGUCGUUUAAUAUGACUAGUUCUCAUUUCAUUCACAAAGUGCUGUCAGAAUGUACAUGUAUUUUUAAAGAUUUAUGUACAUUUGGUAUAAACAAUUAAAUUUGUGUAAAUGAA